AGCAAUCCCUUUCAGUCAAGGAGAGAUUGCUAUACGUGCUCUUCUUGCCCUUCUGUGUUUCUCUUUACUCCACUCCAUCCUACCUCCUUCCUACCUUUCCUUCCACAUAUGGAAUUAUAUUGGUAUUAGUUAAUGAAGUAUAUUUGAAAUAUGUUGGUUUGAAAGUCCUCAGUUGAAAUGCUUACAGUCAAAGCAGAGCCUGCCCAGAUGAGCACUUGGACUUGUGUCUGUACAUCUCUUAUUUUGAUUUUGAGUUUUAUAUUUGCUACAAAAAAUAUUCCAUGCUUUAGUAAAGUUUUAUCUUAAAUAUAUAUGAAAAUAAGGAGGAAAGUACUCUGGGUUUGUUUUUAUGAUGAUCUAUAAAUCACUUUGGAUAUAAAUAUAAGUUCUGUAUACUCCCUUGAGGUGGAAAUGUUAAGGCCUUAGCAGAUGAUUGUGUACCAGUAUUGUUUCAAGCAAUAAGGACAUAGGACGUAUUGCUUGAAAUGGAUGAAUGGAGGAUGUAGUCUAGACUGCAUAGCUCUGCUUUUGAUAUAUGGAGGAAGUGGCAAUGUGCCUGGUGAGGCAGGGCUGCUUCCCAUACACUAAGUGGCUUAUGAGGGGCAUCACCUGAGCAGGAAGUAUCUCACUGCAGCUACAUCCCAAACUUUAAUCCAGGAAAGUGGGUCAAGUGCUGUUCAUUCUGCUGUAGACAGCCAGAAACAGUGUCUAGAGCUUGUCUUUGAAAAUGGUUUGGAUGUCAACACUCUCUUGUCUGAACACAUAACUUCAAAUACUUGUGAUGACAGAAGAGAGACUGCACUUUGUUGUGCUGUUUCUAAUAAUGAGAUUCUUUGCACCAAAAUAUUGCUCAAAGCAGGAGCAAAUCCAAACAAGGAUCCUUUAAACUGUGUUCCUGUAACAGUAAGAGCUGACAGCCAUGGAAUUGUAGAGCUACUCCUAUCUUAUGGAGCAGAUGUCAACUUAAUUUUGUUGCUUAAUGAUACUCAUUUCCCCAGUGCAUGGUAUUCUUUGAAUGGUGACAUGAUGCGGAGGCUGUUGCUCAGUCAUGGAUAUAAUGUGGAGAUGUGUUUGGACUUUAUGUGUCAGGGUAUCUUUGGAAAUUCUUUUGUGUGGCCAGCUCCAGAGCUGGAGCCUAUUCCUAGUUGGACUACUUCUUCAAUAAAUAAUAAACUAAUAAAUACAUACCUUCCUUGCUUCUCUUCACUUUGCUCUUUUCAUUAG